AUCGGUUCAUUGCCUCGCCCAGCAGAUUCUGAGCGUUCAGGUGUCAUCCAUGCGCACCCAUACAACGCACACCAUGCAGAUCGUCUUGCGGGGUAUUGGAUGGAUCCAUCUGUUGCAAUAAGCGACACGCACAUACUCAGAGGACGUGGCAUUGCAUGCGACUCGACUCGGUCGCUCCAAUACCAACACACGCACGACAGCUGCCGAUCUGACAGCACGCAGCAGCACAAGACGACACGCCACAUGAGCCGACGAUGGAUUGCGUGUGCGUUGGUUGGCACACUCACCCACUCACCUCAGCGUGGCGUGAGGGUGUCAACUAGGCAUCAUUACUCACUCAUCCGCCUCCCACCGCCUCGCUCCCACCCACUGCUCUCCGUCUUGUGCUCACCGCGUCCUGCCCCUCUCUUCUGCCCGCUUCUCGUCGGGGCUUGGGUCACGCCAGUUGUCACGCUGCCACCGCCGCCCCUCAUCGCCCCGGUGAUGCUGCUCGCGCCACCGAUCCUUCCGCCCGCCCCGCAUGCCCCAAUCGUUGCCGUUCUGCUGGUGAAAGCGGCCGGGUGAGGGGCUGUUGGCUUGCUCCUCGUGCCGCCAGCCCUGGCCCCCUCCUCUGUGGCCACUGCCUCCCCGAUAGUAGUUGUCCCUGCCGCGCACAUUCCAGUUGCUGCUGGGGUGGCGGUGGUUGUGUGUGGGUGACCCCGAUGUGCCCCGCCAUGAGCGGCCUCGGCUGCCGGGGGAGCCGUCGUGUGUGGCUGGGCGGGGAGGGGGCGAUGGCCAGUUGUAAGAUCGUCUGAAGGAGCCCUCUGCGGGGGUGGAGAGAGGGGGGAAGGGGCAGGGGGGUAGCCUGUUGCCAAACUUGUCCUUGUCCUCGACCUUCAUCUGCACAUCAAUGAAUGAGGAAGCAGGAGUACUGGAUAUGGAUGAGGGCCUCCAUCUGGAGUGGUUGAUGGUCUGCCAGACAGAUGUAUACCUACCUCUAGGAGCUUUGCGAUAGCGUCGUCGAGGUACACACGAGUCUCUGUGUGCUCAUUCCGGCACGCAAUGGCCACCUCCAGCCUACACACAAACAGACAGGACACACACAGAUCACCAGCAAUGGCGGCAGCGUCUGUCUAUCUAUCGUUGGUCUCUUCCUCCCUCCCUCCCUCCGUGUGCCGCACCAGAGGUCAUAGUCGGGCCACCUGGCGUAUACGUCAGUGAGCCAGGGCUUCUCAGUCACGCUGUGGACGAACACCGUGUCCAUAUCUGACCAUACACACACACACACACACACACACACGCACUUCCCUGGCCUGAUAUGGCACCUAUAGACAGAGGUGGACGAAUCUCUCGGCUCUGUUGACUUACCGGCGUGCCACGAGGUCCUGCAGAAGCUGCUGUCCAGGUGGUGCCAGUUCUCGAGAUGCAGCGAGAACAACUGCUCGUCGGGACCUAACACGAUAGCAGCAACAGGGGCGUCUGGCGGUUCGCUGGGCGGUGUCCGUCUGUCCGUCUGUCUGUCUGUCUGUCUGUGUUGUGUGUGUGUGUCGUGUGGACUGACCACAUCGGCGGUUCUCAUCCCCAUACUUGCCCGUGCGGCCGUCCUUGUGUGACUGCUGCUCCUCCAACACACACAUGCAGUGCUCAAACGCCGCCGGGUCAGGCCUGUGUGCAGCAACACACACACAGCAGAAAGGUGCGCACGGCUGAUCGAUGUGUCCAUUUCGAUGUGUGUCGCCUUCCCUGCUCGUCUCGUCUGGCUGACCUGAGGAGCAUGCAGCAGCCCCUCAUGCCGUACUGACUGUCGACGGCGCUCCUCAUCUGCUCGUCCGACACCAGAGAGCCCUCAGCCACCUCCCCGAGAUCAGGGGCUGAACACAUCCCUGACAGACACCGACAGACACAGAUGGACAGACACAUUGCCGAACGUGCCGAUAGAUUUGGCCAUUUCUCUCACACAGCUCGCCCACCUGCAGGUGCCUCCACUGCAAACGCGUUGGCCACCUUGUGUGCGAUGGCGUGCGUGUCCAUGUGGAUGUUGGCCAGCACGUCAGCGUCGAGGAACAGCACCUUGUCGUAUUCGGUCAGCUGCAGCACGCGGAGCUUGGAGAAGGCGUAGUCGAGCCAGCUGGCGUAGAACUGCUCCUUCCCCAUGUAUGGCAUCUUCACCGCCUCCGCACAAAUGAGAUCCACCUGCACACCGACGCACCAACGAACGAACGAACGAACGAACGAACGGAAAAGAAUGGAAUCUGUGACUGUCUGUCUGUCAUGGGCGGCUCACCUACCUCAACGAUACGAUGGUAGACCGUCAUGAGGGCCUGUCUGUCGUCGUCUGUGAUGAGUUGAUUGACCAUGACCACCCGCGGGAUGCUCUUGAGGCUACACAUCUUGAGGCUGUAGCCCAGCGUCAGAGCUCCCGCCACAUACGGACAUCGCCGCCUUCUGACUGCCACAUACCCUGUCGGCACCACAUCACACCACACCACAAUCACGGCAGCAGCAGCACAACGUAACGUAACGAUGCCACUACACCCAUCCAUCCAUCCCAUCUUGGGCACACACCUUUCCUCGGUGUUUGGAAGCAUAUCGUCACAAAUGCAAUGCGUUCCUCUGCAGCUGCUGCACUCAUCGG